AGACCUGUUCGCUGAGACACACAGCUCGAAAGGUGGGACUUCCACAAUGAGGCAGUCCCUCUCGCUUACAGCCCGCCAUUUUGGGGUCUGGUGCGCCUGGGGCCGGGAGGUCUAGAUCGCUACCUCGCAGCCCUUGUCUCCGGUGACCUGCGGGGGUCGGAGAUCCGCUGGGAAGGUGUGGAAAUAUCGGAAACCGGAAAUGGGCCUGGUGUCAUUUGAUGAUGUGUCUGUGGACUUCACCUGGGAGGAGUGGAAGGACCUCAGUGAUGCCCAGAGGAACCUCUACAAAGAAGUGAUGCUGGAAACCUACAGUAAUCUGGUGGCUUUGGGACACUGCAGUAUCAAACCUGAUGUGAUCUUCAAGUUGGAGCAAGGAUCUGGGCCAUGUGUGUUAGGAGAAGCCCUAAGGCAGUGCCUACCAGAUGUCCAGAAAUUAACUAGUCAUAUUCAGACAGCCCAUGAAAAUCAAGAGAAGCAUUUUUGGCAAGUUAUAACCACAUCAUCUGAGGAGAAGGUUGAAAUGGGAAAACCAUUUAAUGUGAACUCAAACUAUAUUUCAGUUUUGAAUGUAAAGAACAGAAACUAUGCAAAAGUGAAGCCUGAGGAACUUAAUAUAUGGCAAAGUGUGUUUCUCCCUGAUGAUCCACAUGAGAUGCAGACUGGAGAGGAGCCUUUUGAUCUUACUGUAACUGGCAAUUCCUUCCGACUUCCUGAAGAUCUUAAUCUGCAAAAUAAAGUUCAAAGUGUGCAAAAGCAUUUUCAAUAUUGUGGACAAGGGAAACCCUUAAACAUGAAAGCAGUAUUGACACAUAAAAGGAUUCACGUGGGAGAGGCUUUCAAUAAAUUCAAUGAAUAUGGGAAAGACUUUGAAAAGGUAGCAUUAAUUUCUGAAGAGAUGACUCAAGUAAGGGAGAAAUCAGUUGAAUAUAAUGUUUGUCAUGCAGCAUUAUAUAAAAGGGCUAAACUCAUUAACUGUGAGAAAAUACAAAAAGGACAGAAGUAUUAUGAAUGUAGUGACUUGGGAGAAUCUUUCAUUAGCAAAUUAUAUGUUGAAAAAUACCAGAGAACACAUGAAGAGGAAGAGACCUAUAGAUGUAAUGAACAUGAGAGGUUCUUCUGUCAAAAAACGCAUCACAGAAUCAACAGAGAAGCAAAACUCUAUGAAGAUUAUGAAUGUGGAAAAAACUUUAACCAGAAGCAAAACUUUAGCAGGCGCCAGAAAAGUCACACAAAUGAGAAGCCAUAUGAAUGUAAUAUGUGUGAAAAAGCCUUUUACCGGAAGUCACACCUCAACAGGCAUCAGAGAAUUCAUACUGGUGAGAAACCUUAUGAAUGUGAAGAAUGUAGGAAAACUUUCUACCAUAAAUCAUCUCUUAUUAUACAUCAGAGAACACAUACAGGUGAGAAGCCUUAUGACUGUACAAAAUGUAAGAAAGCUUUCUACUGUAAAUCAGACCUUACAAUACAUCAGAGAACUCACACAGGUGAGAAACCAUAUGAAUGUGAAGAAUGUAGGAAAACUUUUUACUCUAAGUCACACCUCACAAUACAUCAGGGCAUUCAUACAGGUGGCAAACCAUAUGCAUGUGAAGAGUGCAGGAAAACAUUCAACCGUAAGUCUAACCUCACUGUACAUAAGAGAACUCAUACAGGUGAGAAACCCUAUGCAUGUAAUAUAUGUGGAAAAUCCUUUUACCGGAAGUCACACCUUAGUACACACCAGGGAACACACAGAGGUGAGAAACCAUAUGAAUGUAAAGAGUGUAAAAAAACAUUCAAUCAUAAGGCAGCCCUCACUGUACAUCAGGGAACACACACAGGAAACAAACCAUAUGCAUGUGGAGAAUGCAAAAAAACUUUCCUCCAUAAGUCAUCUCUCACUGUGCAUCAGAGAAGUCACACAGGUAACAAACCUUUUGCAUGCGAAGAAUGUAGUAAGGCUUUCUACUGUAAGUCACACCUCACUGUACACCAGAGAACUCAUACAGGUGAGAAGCCCUAUGAAUGUCAAGAAUGUGAGAAAUCGUUUCACCAGAAGUCAUAUCUCAGCAGGCAUCUGCUAACACAUGAAACAGAAAAACGAUUUGAAUGUAAACAAUGUGGAAAAACUUUCUACCAUAAAGCAUCCCUCAUUAUACAUCAGAGAACUCACACAGGUGAGAAACCAUAUGAAUGUCAGCAGUGUGAAAAAGCAUUUCACAAGAAAUCAAACCUCACCAGGCAUCAGAUAACUCAUGAAAGUGAGAAACAAUUAGAAAGUAAAAAAUGUAAGAAAGCUUUUUUCCAUAAGUCAUCCUUCAUUGUACAUCAGAGGACUCAUAGAAGAAAUCCUGUGAAUAUAAUCAAUGUGAGAAAUUUACUGGAAGCCAACCCAACAGAACAUCAGAGAAUUGACACAGAAGACAACCUGAAAAUACAAUGAAUAUGAGUUUUUUGUGAGAAGGCACAUUCACUGGCAUCAAGGAGCAUACAUGCAGUAGUCUUCUGUAGCAGAGACUGGCUAUAUGUCUUUCAAGAUUUAUUUUCUAUGGGAUACACAGCUUGCAUUUUUUAGCUUCUGGUACUGUGUUUUGAACCAUAUACUGAAACUAUACAGUAGAAUGUGGAUACUUCAUGCCUAGCCCCCACAAAGUCUAUUACAUUCUUGUUUUUUCUCCUUGGAUCCUUACAUAUACUUUGGGCCUGAAACAAAUUUGGCUACCGAGGCUGGUGUUGAGAGCCAUAGGUCACUGUGUUUAAGAAAAACAGUUGAUCCGAAAGGGCAGACUUCUUACCUUUAUCCCUAUAAAUUCCCGUGUAGUUCAUGAGUGAAAAGUACUCUUGCACGAUUGUGUUUUUUCUGUUUGUAUUAUAGUGUAAACCUACAAUGGCUAAUUCACUUUGUAAGCUUUCGGAUGUUUCCUGUCCUUUGGUACUGCAGAAUUUACACAAGAGAGACCUAACACCUUUCAUUUUCAAGUUAAUUUAUGGAAAACAAAUGCAUGUGUUGACAAAUUGUAGCAAAUGGCGAAUAGGUUUGGUAGGCAGGAAAAUGUCAUUGAACAAUUUGAAUAAAGCUGAUAUUCAUAAAUUUGUUUCCCAACAAAACUUCAAAUUAUGUUAGAUAUUAAUUAUGAAGGAAGGAUAACUGUCAAUUCAGAUAAUAUAAAUGUUGAGUUUUAAAAUGGAAAUUUUAGUAUUGGAAAUCAUUUAAAAAUAUUUCAUUAUAUACCAGUAUAUCAAUAUGAAUGAUAGUAUUUUCUGUUAAGAAUACACUGGACAUACGUGAUUGGUGCUGUUGGGGGGGCCAUUGCUAUUGCCACCUAGUAGAGGCCAGACAUGCAUGCAGGUUCAACUGCCUACAGUGCACAAAAUAUCCCAUAAAAUUGUAGUGUUUUGUAUUAACAUACUUUCCCUGUUGGGACCCAGUAUAACUGUGCAGAGCAUAUGUAUAAUUUUUGUAAUAUGGGUUGAGAGUACACCUCAAUGGUAGAGUAUAUGCUUACCAUGCAUGAGGACCCAUUUUUAAUCCUCAGCAUAAACAAGUCAAAUAAAUAUUGGUUUAAAUGCCAUUAUAGACUAUUUAUAUUUUGUUAUAUACUGUCUAAGAUAUAUACUAUGUUUUGCUUCCUUUUUGCCAAAUAUUUGUAAAUGUGUAUGGACAUUGUCAUAAGAAAUGUCUUGUAAGGAGUAAAGAUUUCUUGUAAUGUAUAAACUUAACAAUCAUUGAUAUGAAAUAUACAAAUCUGGCAUGUAAUUGUUCAUUGCUGAAAUCUGAGCUAAUUUAUUCAACAGUGAAUGUCCUUAAUGAAAAGCAGUCCCUAAAAGAAUAUUUCCCUUUUUAUCCUGUUUGACACUUUUGAAUAGGACCGCAGAAUAGGUAUCAUACUGUAGACUGAAUGCUGUCUAACUGGUAAGUAUAUAUAUUUCUCUUUCCUAUGAUAGAGCACUGUGACUGUACCUCCCCAGUAAUGUACCUCCCCAGUAAAUUGACAGCAUCCAGUGACUUCAGAUCAGACCUCACUGGGGUUCCCUUUCUUUACAUGAAAAGAGAGCAUAUUAAUGGACCCUGACACAAAGCAUUAUUAUAAUCAGUAAAUUAGUGUUUUGGAUAGUACCUGGCAUGCGGUAAGCUGCUACAAUGAUGGCCAUUAUCACAGUUGACGAAAUUGCUCUUAAUUAGUAGGCUGCAACAGAAUGUUAUUUGGCAGCACAACAGUCAUUUCACUUUUUAUCUAUAUUGAUUUGAUCUUGUCUCCCAAUUCUACAGUUAUUCAUUGUUUUAUCAUGACUGAGUUUUUAAAUAAUUACUUGUUAUAUUAGUCUUUAGUAGUUGUUUUGGACUGAGCCAGUGAGCCACUUCUGUACAUUGAUACACUAAGGAUUUUAUUACAUGACUGGGAAUGUUGCUGCAAAGAAAGAGACAUGAAAGAGAUGGCUCUUCUGCUGCGAGAUACUGGUCUUUGUGGAUGUGUCUUCUGGUUCCAUGUGUCACAGGUACCACAUUGGCAAGGCAAAAAGUUGUAGAACAGAAUAUAUGUGUUGUAUUAAAAUCUCCAACUCAGGAGCCUUUGUUUGGAAGGUCAUUAAAGAGAGUAUCAGGUUUCUAUUUGUCAAUUUGUCCAUAAAGCCAAGACCACCAUCUUAACUGUAAGAUAACAUUCCAGUUUCUGUGAGUUAUGAGGUCUCUUCCACCUGCACUAUUACCACCAGAGGGAGCUCCACUAAUCCUAGUGUCUGGCAGUUCAUCUCAGAAUUGCUAAUUGCAAGGUAAAAAUUUUAACUAUCAGUUUGUACACUAAUUCACAAGGAAAAAACCGUUAGCUUUAAACAUUUCAUAGAAAAAAUAGGCCAGAACAUAUCUUUAUUAAUCAAGAGUUGAUUAUAAGUUUUUGUUUUGUUUUGGUACCAGGAAUUGAAUUUGGGAUCUUGCACUUGUCAGGCAGGCGUUUAUGUCACUGAGCUAUGUGCCCAGCCAAGAGGAUUAAAGUAAAAAUAUUUUUCUUAGAGGCAUAACCAAAUACAUAACUCAUUCUUUUUUUGUUGCUGAGACGAAAUGCCUGGCAAUCACAAGUUAAAGGUGGAAACUUUUACUUCAGCUCACAGUGUAGUGGUUGUAGUCCAUAGUUGGCUGGCUUCAGUGCAGGGCAGCAUGGAAGAGCAUCACAGGUGAAACAGUCUAUGGUAGUAGAGCUGCCAGGAAGCAGCAAGCAGCCUGCUUGUUUCUGCCCCUUUACAGUCUGUCCAUGCUACAAGCCUGUUGAUUGGUGCCAUCCACAGCCAUAGUGGGGUUUCCAUUAUCCACGCCCAAAACUGCUCAACCAACUUAAAUCACAUCCCUGUAAUUUGCAUUCCAAAAAAAACUACCUGAGGGCUUGGCGUGUUGACAUCUGGAUUCAACCCGUAAGAGAUAAGAGAGUGGUUAAUCUUAGUUUUAUAGAAGUUGUAAAUAUAUUCGUAAUAACUCAGCUUAGGCUACAGUUAAAAUUAGUAACUUAAAGUGUGUAAUCAUUGUGGGAAAUGACUGUUCAUUAGUUAGAAUGUGAAUGAUGUCCAGGAAAUAAAAAUAAUAAAAGUUAAAACCAGAUCAGUACACUAAAUGGCAUAGAA